AUGGACAUUCUCGAGAUUACCGAUGGCUCGCUGAUGCGCGACAAGCAGCGCACGCACCACUGCACAUGGGGCGACUGCAGCAAGAGCUUCACGCGCAAGUCAGACCUCAAGCGGCACUACCGCAUCCACACGAACGAGAAGCCGUUCUCGUGCCACUACGCCGGGUGCGGCAAGAGCUUUGUGCAAAAGUCGGCGCUGACGGUCCACCUGCGCACGCACUCGGGCGAGAAGCCGCAUUGCUGCAAGGAGCCUGGGUGCGGCAAGCGGUUCUCGGACUCGUCGUCGCUGGCGCGGCACAGGCACACGCACAGCGGCAAGCGCACAUACCAGUGCUCGUUCGCCGGCUGCAACAAGCAGUUCUACUCCAAGGGCGCCUACACCAACCACCACCGGAUGCACAUGGACACCAUCAAGCACACGCCGCGCGCCGAGUGCUCGCCUGCGUCGACGUGCCCGUCCACGCCGCACAUGGCGUCGAUGUUUGUGGGCGCGCAGAAGCAGGCGCUCGACACGCGUCCCAUUGUGCACCUGGGGCUCGCCGAGCUGCCUGGCGUCCGCGAGCACGUUGUCAGCGACAUUGUUCCGUCCGAGCAGUACGUCCGGCCCAUGGGCUGCGAUCUCCCGCCGCCGGUGUUCAAGGAGUCCCUCAAGUUCCCGCAGUCCGCCUGCCGCAUGGUGCGGUCGGACACGGUCUCGUCGUUCGAGACCGACUCGGUCAGCCCGCGCACGCCUUCGCCGUCGCGGUUCUCGCCCGACCAGCCGCAGCAGCUGCCGUCCAUUCACGAGCACCUGGGCAUGGGCAUCCUGUCGAUGACGGCGUCGGUGCUCCCGCCGAUGCCGGUGUGCGGCGCCAGGAGCAGCCUCCCCUUCCCCAACUUCCACCACCACCACCACCACCGCCAGUCUCUGCCCGCAUCGGCCGGUGUUCGCUAUGCACCCUACUGA